UUUCCAAAGUUCCAGCCCUACGCUUUCACCGGUCUUUCGCUAAUUCGAUCUGCCUCUGUCGCGACACUUUCACUGGAAUCACCGCUCUGUCGCUCUGCCUCGCCGGUGACCGGCUUCGUCUUCAACCGUCCCUGGCUGCUUGGCUCGCUGCUCGGCUACUCCUGCUUAGUCGCUCAGACCUCACCGCCUCAGCAAACAAGAGUUUGUACUAAGAUGGCGGAGGAUUCCGAGUACCGCUGUUUCAUUGGUAACUUGUCAUGGUCAACAUCUGAUCAAAUUCUAAAAGAUGCAUUUCGGAAGUUUGGAAAUCUUGUUGAGGCAAAGGUUGUUGUUGACAAGUUUUCUGGUCGGUCCAAAGGGUUUGGUUUUGUUGCAUUUGAUGAGAAGAAAGCCAUGGAAGAAGCUAUUGAUGCAAUGAAUGGAAUUGAUUUAGAUGGUCGCGCCAUUACGGUUGACAAGGCACAACCUCAACAGAGUUCAGGUAGGGACUAUGAUAAUGAUCGUCCACGUGACCGUGACCGUGACCGCGACCGCGGUCGUGACCGUGACCGUGGUAGUCGUGAUUAUGGAGGUGGACGGGGGUCAGGUGGAGGAGAAUGCUUCAAGUGUGGUAAGCCAGGACACUUUGCUAGGGAAUGUCCUAGUGGAGGAGGAGGGGGUAGGGGCGGGAGGUAUGGUGGAAAAGAUGACAGGUAUGGUGGUGGCAGUGGUGGUGGCCAUUAUGGACCUGACCGGAAUGGAGACAGGUAUGGCGGUGGUCGCAGCAGGGAUGGUGGUCAUGGUGGUGGUGGUGGUGGUGAUCGAUAUAGCCGUGACCGUUCUGGGCCGUAUGAUCGUCGAAGUGGAGGUUCUCGAGCUGGUUAGUUUUGCUGCUGAUUUUGAGUUAUUAAGAGUUGGAAAUGCUACUGCAACUGGAUGUAAUCAUGGAGGGCUGCUUCUUGACAUGUCUAAAUCGUCGAUCAAUCUUUUGAACUAAUGAAACAUGACACUAAUAAUCUACUCUUCUAUGUCCCGUAAAUUGUUCGAUAGUAUGGUUUGAUUGGGAUCUUAUGCUUGCUUAAUUUGCACAUUUGAAUGUGGUCUCGGUCUUUUGAAUGCUACAAUCGCUGCUCGUUAUUCGCUUUCGUGAGUUGGAAUUGAAUGCUGGAUUUGUUAUGAA